GGCCGCCAGAGCCCGCCCGGGUCCAGCCCCGCAGGCCGCCCACCGCGGUGAGUGGGAGGACGCUGCCCAGAGACAGGGGUGGGACAGGGGGGACGGGAUGAGUGCGGGCGCCGGGGGCUCUGGUGGGGAGGAGUCAGGCCCGGAAGGCGACUAUAAAAAGCGUCGGCUCGGGCUGGCAGCUCCGAGCUAGCUACUAAGCCAGUGAGCGCGCGGAGUCGAGCGAGGAGCGCCUUCUGCGCUGAGUGGCAGUGGUCUGGUGCUGCUGGAGCACUGUGCCGAGUGAGGUCGGAAUCUGCACCCCACUUUCCGCCAGCUCCCGUCCCACUUGCUUACGCUCAGGAGCUCAACGCGUGGGAUCAGAUACUAGACUACGGGAUGCUGCACUCCAGAUCCCCGAGGCGUGGCAGGGUCUCGGUCAUCAACCUGAGUGAUACGCUGGCACCGGGCUGGAGGAGAUGAUCUGAUGUUAGACGACCUCGGUGGCCUCUGCUGUUAUUUAAACAAACACUAAGCCUGGCAGCGCUGCAGGGACAUUUGGUGGCCCCUGGCAACAGACAGCAUCUGCAAGAAGGGUCUCGCUAGAUUGACAGAAAAACCAAGGUCUCCAUAAGGCACAAGACUGAGUUGUCCACGGUUCUCAAGCUCUCCGCUCUGGUUCGGUGACAUCUCGGAAUGAACCCCAGAGAAUCCUUGUGCUCUUGACCGAGCGUUGUGCCGGUGUUCCCCAAGACUGGACACUCUACCCGCCCCAGGUCUGAGGUUCUCAGUCCUGCUCCGAGCAGCCAACUCUGCCCACAGAUCAGAGGAUUCUUUGUUUCCUCCACUCGAAAGGGAUAGAGUUCAGGUGCAUCCCACAGAUGCUGGGAGUCUCUCCGUGACUCUCCUCAACUGCUGAUGUCCCUACAGCAGAAACCUAUUCCCACCUCAUGCUGAAGUCUGGGCUGUCUUCUUUGUGCUAGAGUCCAGUCUCCCUGUGGCUUCCAGGUGACAACCCUGGGACUCCAGGACAGUCAUGGAAGGAUGAACAAAGCCUCUGUACCUGGCAGCCAUGGACACUAUGUUUCUAUGUUGAUCCAUGCAUCUCCAAGGCUGGUACAGCAUCUAGAUUGGAACACUGGACAUCUGGAAACUCGGUUUGUUACUGUGAAGAUGUUCAAUGGCCUGUUAUGCAGGUCUGCUGAGGAAACCUUACGACUCUCUCACAUGCUGAUGGGGUUUCCACACCCUUCAGGGACAGGCCAGCUGAGACCAUCAUCACCAAUAUCUUAGCAACCCUGUAGCCUGACCAGUGCAGACUCAGCUGACUACCCUCCAAGAAGUCCCUAGCAUCAUUCCCUGUGAGCUCUUCUGAGGCCUUCCACAGCUGAAACCUGCUUCCAGACUGUCUCACCAAUGAAGAAACUGAAUUUCAACCCUAUUGCCAGAAGCUUCAGUGGCCAGCUGAAAGUGCUGUCCUUCUGGGUCGGCAGUUCCCAAGUGAAACUUGGACAUCUGUAGGAUCCACAGCAGCAGGGCCAUCUCCAGGCCCUGGAAGCCACUCUGUGCUGGCAAGCUUGAAGUCUGUGUGCUCUGCAAUGGGGCAAUCCUGGGCAUAGGGACUUCUCUACCUCCUGUGGCUCAGACGCGGGAGAGAACAGAGCCGAAGGUGUAAUGUCAGGAAAGGGUAGUGGACAUCAUCACCCCCUUCUGUGGAAGCGUUCUUCCACCCAUUCACAAGGGAGACAUCCUCUGACACAUGACCUCUUACACACGACUCUACAUGAGAACUGUGAGGUCCUCACAAGUCCAUCCUGGGGACUGUCCUGCUACCUCAUACUGCCCCACCCCAGAUUCCAUCAUAAAGUGAGGGUGCCAGUUGUCCAGGGAGGAAGCUGUUGGAAUGAGAGCUUCUGGGAGGCACGAUGUCUCCCUCAAGAUUGUGCUGGCCACGGGCUGCCUCCUCCUGGCCAACUUCUCAGGGGCCUCAUCUGCAGUGGCAACUGAGUGUCCUGAUCAGAGUCCUGAGCUGCAGCCUUGGAGCCCUGGCCAUAACAGAGACUAUCAAGUACACAUUGGCCAUGGCAGGAAACUACUGCUCACCUCUUCUGCCACAGUCCACUCCAUCACUAUCUCAGGGGGAGGAAAGCUUGUCAUUAAAGACCACCAUGAGCACAUUGUGCUGCGUACCCGGUACAUCCUGAUUGAUGACGGUGGAGAGCUGCAUGCUGGGAGUGCCCUUUGCCCUUUUGAGGGCAAUUUCAGUAUUGUGCUGUAUGGAAGGGCUGAUGAAAACAUCCUGCCAGACCCUUACUAUGGCCUGAAGUACAUCGGAGUAGACAAAGGAGGCACUCUUGAAUUACAUGGGCAGAAAAAGCUUUCCUGGACUUUUCUAAACAAGACCCUUCAUCCUGGUGGCAUGCAGGAGGGAGGAUAUUUUUUUGAAAGGAGCUGGGGCCACCGUGGAGUCAUUGUCCAUGUCAUUGAUGCCAAAUUGGGCACAGUUGUCCAUUCUGACCGGUUUGACACUUACAGAUCCAAAAAAGAGAGUGAACGUCUGGUCCAGUAUUUGAAUGCAGUGCCCGAUGGCAGGAUUCUUUCUGUCGCAGUGAAUGAUGAAGGCUCUAGAAACCUGGAUGACACAGCCCGGAAGGCAAUGACCAAACUGGGCAGCAAGCACUUCCUCCACCUUGGAUUUAGACACCCUUGGAGCUUCAUCACUGUGAAAGGAAAUCCCUCCUCUUCAGUUGAAGACCACAUUGAAUACCAUGGUCACAAAGGCUCGGCUGCUGCCCGGGUUUUCAAACUGUUCCAGACAGAGCAUGGUGAACAUUUCAAUGUUUCUUCAUCCAGCGAAUGGGUUCAAGAUGUGGAAUGGACAGAGUGGUUUGACCAUGAUAAGGUGCCUCAGAGCAAAGGUGGGGAGAAAAUUUCAGAUCUGCGAGCAGCUUACCCAGGAAAAAUCUGCAAUCGACCCAUUGAUAUACAGGCCACAACAAUGGAUGGAGUCGCCCUCAGCACUGAGGUUGUCUACAAAAAUGGCCAAGAUUACAGGUUUGCUUGCUACACCCGGGGCAGAGCCUGCCGAAGCUAUCGAGUGCGAUUCUUAUGUGGAAAACCCGUGAGGCCCAAGCUCACGGUUAGCAUCGACACCAACGUAAACAGCACCAUCCUGAGUCUGGUGGACAAUGUGCGGUCAUGGAGGCCUGGAGACACCCUGGUUGUUGCCAGCACUGACUAUUCGAUGUACCAGGCAGAAGAGUUCCGGGUGCUCCCCUGCAAAGCUUGCACCUCUACACAGGUCAAGGUGGCAGGGAAACCACAGUACCUACAUAUUGGGGAGGAGAUUGAUGGUGUAGACAUGCGGGCUGAGGUCGGACUCCUGACUCGGAACAUUGUGGUGAUGGGGGAGAUGGAGGACAGAUGCUACCCCUACACCAAUCACAUCUGUGACUUCUUUGACUUCGAUACCUUUGGGGGCCACAUCAAGUUUGCACUGGGGUUUAAAGCAGCCCACUUGGAGGGCGUGGAGCUGAAGUACAUGGGGCAGCAGCUGGUGGGCCAGUACCCAAUUCACUUCCACCUGGCUGGAGAUUUGGAUGAACAGGGAGGCUAUGACCCCCCUACCUACAUCAGGGACCUCUCCAUUCAUCACACAUUCUCCCGCUGCAUCACUGUCCAUGGCUCCAACGGUCUGUUGAUCAAGGAUGUUGUGGGCUAUAAUUCUUUGGGCCACUGCUUCUUCACUGAAGAUGGGCCAGAGGAACGCAACACUUUUGACCACUGCCUUGGCCUCCUUGUUAAGUCAGGGACCCUUCUCCCAUCCGAUCGGGAUAGCAGGAUGUGCAAAGUGAUCACAGAGGACUCAUACCCAGGGUACAUCCCCAAGCCCAGGCAGGACUGCAAUGCCGUGUCCACAUUCUGGAUGGCGAAUCCCAACAACAAUCUCAUCAACUGCGCAGCUGCAGGGUCCGAGGAAACUGGAUUUUGGUUCAUUUUUCACCAUGUGCCAACGGGCCCCUCUGUGGGAAUGUACUCUCCAGGUUAUUCUGAGCACAUUCCACUGGGUAAAUUCUACAACAAUCGAGCACAUUCUAACUACCGGGCUGGCAUGAUCAUAGACAACGGAGUCAAGACAACUGAGGCCUCAGCCAAGGAUAAACGGCCCUUCCUCUCCAUCAUCUCUGCCAGGUACAGCCCUCACCAGGACGCAGACCCACUGAAACCUCGGGAACCAGCCAUUAUCCGACACUUUACUGCCUACAAGAACCAGGAUCAUGGAGCCUGGCUGCGGGGUGGGGAUGUGUGGCUGGACAGCUGUCGGUUUGCUGAUAAUGGCAUUGGUCUGACCCUGGCCAGUGGUGGAACCUUCCCAUAUGAUGAUGGCUCCAAGCAGGAGAUAAAGAACAGCUUGUUUGUUGGCGAGAGUGGCAAUGUGGGCACAGAAAUGAUGGACAACAGGAUCUGGGGUCCAGGUGGCUUGGACCACAGUGGAAGGACCCUCCCUAUUGGCCAGAAUUUUCCCAUUAGAGGAAUUCAGUUCUACGAUGGCCCCAUCAACAUCCAGAACUGCACCUUCCGCAAGUUCGCGGCCCUCGAGGGCAGGCACACCAGUGCCUUGGCCUUCCGCCUAAACAAUGCCUGGCAAAGCUGCCCUCACAACAAUGUGACCAACAUAGCCUUUGAGGAUGUCCCGAUUACUUCCAGAGUGUUCUUCGGAGAGCCCGGGCCCUGGUUCAACCAGCUGGACAUGGACGGGGACAAGACAUCUGUGUUCCAUGAUCUGGACGGCUCUGUGUCGGAGUACCCUGGCUCCUAUCUCACUAAGGACGACAACUGGCUGGUCCGACACCCAGACUGCAUCAAUGUCCCAGACUGGAGAGGGGCCAUCUGCAGUGGGCGCUAUGCACAGAUGUACAUCCAGGCCUACAAGAGCAGCAAUCUGCGCAUGAAGAUCAUUAAGAAUGACUUCCCCAGCCACCCGCUCUACCUGGAGGGGGCCCUCACCAGGAGCACCCACUACCAGCAGUAUCAGCCUGUCAUCACCCUGCAGAAGGGCUAUACUAUCCACUGGGACCAGACAGCCCCCGCCGAGCUUGCCAUCUGGCUCAUCAACUUCAACAAGGGUGACUGGAUCCGAGUGGGGCUCUGCUACCCAAGAGGCACCACCUUUUCCAUCCUUUCAGAUGUUCACAAUCGCCUGCUAAAGCAAACGUCCAAGACUGGGACCUUUGUGAGGACUCUGCAGAUGGACAAAGUUGAGCAGAGCUAUCCUGGCAGGAGCCACUACUACUGGGAUGAGGAUUCUGGGUUGCUCUUCUUGAAAUUAAAAGCCCAGAACGAAAGGGAGAAAUUUGCUUUCUGCUCCAUGAAGGGCUGUGAGAGAAUCAAGAUUAAAGCUCUGCUCCCAAGGAAUGCAGGCAUCAGCGACUGCACAGCCACGGCUUACCCCAGGUUCACUGAGAGGGCCAUAGUGGAUGUGCCAAUGCCCAGGAAGCUCUUUGGGGCUCAGCUGAAGACAAAAGACCACUUCCUGGAAGUGAAGAUGGAAAGUUCCAGGCAGCACUUCUUCCACCUUCGGAAUGACUUCGCUUAUAUUGAAGUGGAUGGGAGGAGGUACCCUUGCUCAGAAGAUGGCAUCCAGAUAGUGGUGAUUGAUGGGAGUCGAGGUCACGUGGUGAGCCACGGCAGCUUCAGAAAUGCCAUUCUGCAGGGCAUACCCUGGCAGCUCUUCAACUACGUGGCAGCUAUCCCUGACAAUUCCAUAGUGCUCAUGGCAUCAAAGGGCAGAUACAUCACCAGAGGCCCAUGGACCAGGGUGCUGGAAAAGCUUGGGGCAGACAAAGGUCUCAAGUUGAAAGAAAAGAUGGCGUUCGUCGGCUUCAAAGGCAGCUUCCGACCCAUCUGGGUGACUCUGGAGACUGAGGACCACAAAGCCAAAAUCUUCCAAGUGGUGCCCAUCCCUGUGGUGAGAAAGAAGAAGCUGUAAGGAGAGUUGCCACUUGGUACCACCCCAGGCUGGACCCCUACAGCAGCCGGGGUCAGGAUGGCUAGGCCCCCUGGUUCUCAGCUCUGCUGGGCUAAGGGACAGAUAUCAGAGACCUUGGUGCUGCCACCUGCCCCUACUCAAGUCUACCUGCAGCCCCUGGGCAGUGUUGGCCGAUGCUACAACCUCCUCUUGGGUGCUUCUCUCCUAUCUGUGCCUCAUCGGUAGGCAUGGGGACCAUACAAAGAGACCUGAGUUGUGCUGGCAGCAAAGGGCCACUUGGGCAGGAGUCUGAACCCACCUAGGAGAUGGUCUGGAUAAUGUGACCACUUGCAGAUUUCCAUAGUCACUUUCAGAUACAUUAAGUGGCAGAUGGAAGGAGUACAUCUUUAUUCCUGUAAGUGAGGGUGCGGCUUCCUGAGUUUAGGAGCUGGCGUAUGGACAGAGCUGUCCAGCAUGGCAGAUUGCACUGGGGAGGAGAUGGAACCCUGUCUACAGGGGAUCCUUUUUUCAAGAGACUUCAGCUGGCACACUGGGACAGGGACUAGGUGGAUCCUGUUUGUCCUUCCUGAGAUUACAGGACUCAACUGUGCUUUGCUCUGUGCCUGGAGCCCAUCAGUAGAAGUAAUCAUUGUAGUUGACAUCUCCACUGAGUGCCCUGGAUACAGAGAAUGGAGCGAUGAGAGCUCAGACCUGGGGGUCAGCUGGUGACAGGCAGCCAGGUCUCAGCACACUUUGAUACCAGGUUGAGAGAGCAGAGGUGGAUUGGAGGAGGGGAACCUCACCACACCCAGAAACAUGGGGAAGGCUUCUUCUGGAAGGUGAUGGUCCUGGCAGGAAUCAAGGACAGAGAUGAUGAAGAGAGAAGAGGUGGCCUCUGGCAUGGCUCAGAGGUGAAGGCUUUCCUGCCACCACUUGCAGCAUCUGAGUCAUGCUAGGUCACCUCUUGCUGACCCACUUGUGAUAGAGAAGCAGGGUCUGCGGAGAGAAAUGGACUGAGUUACGAUGCACAGAACCUCGUUCAGAUUGGUGUCCAGCCAGCCCCCUCUGACUCUGCGAGAGGGUGAAGUGAAGUUCACAGACCUGAGGCUGUACAAUGGGUCUCCAGUGCACUUCAGCUUGGAGCUGAGCAGAAGACUCCAGGAAAUCUGAACAUGCUCUCGCCACAGUGAACCUGGGGUGUCAGAGAUGGAAAGGACCUUGGGGGCCCUUGAGGACCAUCUAGCCCAGCAUUUUGUACCUACAUCUGAGGAAAAUGGUACUCAAUAACACAGCCAGGUCUGUGAGCCCCAAGCUCAGCAACCCACUGCCACACCACAUUGCCUCAGUGGCUAGCCUGGGGUGUCCAGUAUUCCCAAGUAGCUUUCGGAAGGGAGCAUAUCACCUGAAAUGGGGAGAAGCUGUUCGUGAUUCUUGGGUGCGCACCAAAUGGGAAUUGAGUGGGGGGUUCCCCACUAGGUUCUUUCAAUUUCAAAAUAUACGGUCUUUUGCAAAGGGCUUUUCCCUCUUGCCCCUCAGUACACACUGCCCACUCUCCUCUAGGCAGCAGCCCUGCCACUGUCUUUACACUGCCAGCCACAUGUGGGCAUGGGCUGCUCAUGACUGUGGAAUUCUUUUGGUGCCACCUUAUUCCACAGUGGUGCUGGUAUGCCCAAUGGGUAGCAUCAGGAUAUGCCAAUGUGCUUCUGCUGGGCCAAUUGGCUCCUUGUGGGGAUCUGAGAGUGGUUGGCUCCAGACCAGGAUCUUUCAGCUUAUGUUCACUCUGAGCAAAUAGCUCCGAUGCCCAGACGAGUGAAAACUAUCCAUGUCCAAUAUUCUUCGGAGACAUCAGGGUUUCUCUGUGUUUCAUGAAUGAGAUUGGUCCCCUUUCCUCCACAACCACAACCUUUCUUUUUCAAAGAAGAUUUGCUUCGGUCCCCUUUGUCCAGUGGUAUUAAGGAGCCUUAGUCCCAGAGUCUACUCUCCAGGUUGAGCCAACUCGCAGGGGGUCUUUCCUACUAAUGGAUCUUGCAGCUGCUGGGAUGUGUCUGUGGGACCAUGCCUCUUAAGACAUAGUGGCUCCAGUUGCGAGUGUCAGAGAAAAGACCUCUUCUGGGGAGAUGAGUGGGAGGGGGAGGGGGAGGGGGAGGGGAUAAAAGUGACCUCAUGUUUUUCUUGUCUAAGUUUCAUUGACUUUUCAAGGCGAGGGUCUCACACUGUGAACCACUUAAGACUCGAUCACUUUCAGGUGGCCAUGAAUGUUGAAUGUCUUUGGCUCAGUUCAUUUCAGCAAAUACCUAUUGGAAAGUUCUCUGAGUUGUACAUAUGUUGAACAGUACAGGUUCUGUACGGAAAGCGUUCUUUCCUAAACUAUUCACCAAGAGUCGAUAUACAGGCAUUUUCUUGGUAGCACAAAAGUCUUUCUUGCUUAGAAAGUUGCUCUUGUCCUUUCUGUUGGUCAGCAUUGUCACUGAGUCAGGGGCCUUUGAUUGAAAGGCUCAUCUGUCCUGUUGGCUUAAUAGCUGGCUCUUUCUUGUGAAUUGGAUGCAUAGCAUGUUUUGUAUGUAAAUGUUCCUUAAAAGUGUCACCAUGAACAAAGGUAUAUUUUCUAUUUAUUUAUUAUAUAUUCACUUCAAGAAGUCACUGUCAGAGAAGUGAAGAGUCAUCUUAAGUAUUAUAUUAGAGGAUGUCCUUUGGACCACCGGAAGGAGGUGUGCCCAGAGCCAAGGACAUCAGCUCUGGUUUGGAAAAAUCCUGCUGUACCAUAUUAAACAUACAAAGGAUGUCA